AUCGGCUUCGUCUUUACUUGCGCUAGUAUCUCACUUCGCGGCAUCGUGCCAUUCUCCGCAGCACCAGGCCCCGUACUACCCAUUAUAUAUCAGAUCUACCGUGCAUAUCGAUAUCUCAGGACGCAAUAUUUCGCUGCAAUUUCUGAACCAGUUUCACUCUAGAAUGAUGCGACUCAAGCAUCAGUCUUUUUUCCUACUCGCCCUCUCGCGCGUCUUCGCGUCCGCGGCUUUUCUUCCUCCAAAGUCGAUUUUCCCUGGUGAUACGGUUCAGAUUCUAGUACCAACUGAUCAAAACGGCAGCACUUCGUUCGUACAGCUGCUGGCACGAGGACCCACAGCUAGCGGAGCAGGAGUGCUGUCUGGCGGCGACGUAGUCGUUCUUGCAAACAGCACGGCGGUAAGCGGAGGCGCAAGUUCCGAAGGAGGCACGACCUCAGGAAACAGCUUAGUGGAUCUUCAAGUCCCUUCACUCAGCACGCUGCUGCCGUUCAUGCCGUCGUCAUCCUCACCUUCCGCUGGCACAACGACGUUGGCGCAGCACUCCUUCCGUUUCCGACACGUAACUAAGAUGCCUGAGACCUCCUCAGCCUCAAAUGUCGCCGCGGAAGUUGUACAACUUGAAGUGCCUGUCUCCGUUGCGAAUCGCGAAGUGAUUUUCCUGGAGGCAGACAAGGCGAUUUACAAGCCGGGUGGGGUGGUAAAGUUUCGUGCUGUUGCCAUGGACAGAGUGACGUCGAAGCCGCUGGACUUGAUGUCAUCGUCGUGGUCAGGUGAAACUGGAACCUGGCAAGCCGAGAUCCAAUUGCGCAAAGUGGUUUCGGAAAGUGAAGAGCUGCUGAUCGCAAAGCUACGGUCAACUGGUGGACCAAUAUCCUCUUCAUCGACGACACAGAAUUCGACCGCGGUGGAGUCUUCUUCAACUGGUACAAUAUCCACUUCUCUUUAUUACGGCGUGUUCGACAACGAAGACCACUUGCAAUUUCCGCUGCCGGCAAACAUCGGUGGUGCUUCUGCAGGUGGAAACAAGGAUACGUACUCCGCAAAAGCGAAGUUGCUGUGGGUACCGAACGCAUCUUCAGCGACGAACAACGCUACGCGGGAAGUUGCGACAUCGAAUCAACUUACUUGGAACGUGGAAGAAUAUGUGCUGCCAACGUUCAGUGUAGACCUCAAACUUGGAGAUGAUGGAACUUCAUACUCUAAGAUCAUCAGCCAGCAUUCCUCGCCCACCGCGAUCCAGGGUUUUGUCACCGCAUCGUACAAUUAUGGAGGAGACGUGAAGUGCAAAGACGACAGAAUAUCCGUCGAGGUUGUUAGAAAGUGCCCGGUGUGGUCGUACGGCUGGAGCAGUGGGCCGUUCAUGCCGGAGAUUAUGUUCAGACGCCGUGCAGCUGCAAGCGAAGUAUUAAAACCCGAGAAUUAUGCCGAAGAAGAUGGAGAAGACGGCCAAGAUUUGGAGUCUGUCGUUAUUUCCCAAAAUACGCAUAAAGAACCAAGAAGGAAGCUGUCGUCGCCCCCACCCUACUCUAUCUGCACGGAUUCGGUUUUGACUAUCAUCGAGGUAGACGCUAGUGGUCCUACAAAUGCCGCACCUGCUACGAGUAGUAAUGCAGGAGCCCCCUCCGCUCGAUUUGCCUUCACAGUGGACCUUGAUGCCGCGACGACGACCUCACCUACGCAAACGCUCCGCGACCUCCUCAAACAGGAGCAUGACAAUGGAAAUCUAGACGCAAUCCGGGUAACCGCGAAUUGCACGGACAUUGCGUCUGGAGAGAUGCGAAGCAGCGAGGGUAUCGAGAUAAAAUACGCGUCGACGGCGGUUCGGGUCACGUCCGACAAGGAAUUUCAACCCGGUCUGCCCUUCCAUGUGCUUGUAGAGGACCUCACAGCGUUUGUAAAAACUUCUUCCUCCUCACCCGAUGUAGAGCUGCAUGUGGAGUUUUCUCAUCAGCGCUAUAGCGCGCGCCCGAAGUAUGUGGAGGUGGACCUGGGGCCGUUUUUGGAAGAUGGCAGUUCAACAUCAGUGGGAAUUACUACGAGCAGUUCGUCGAACAUGAAGCUGAAGACUUUAAAAAGCAAAUUAUUCACUGUUCCGAUACCUGUUGAAACAGACCGAACUUGCUGCGAUCUUGGCGCGUAUUCCGCAGCGACCGGACCUUUGAACGCGUGGUCUUCGGAUCACGUAAAGAUAAGUUGCUGUGUGCAGACGGUGAGGGCGUUCGUGAGAGUGGAUGGCGUGCAAAUUACGACGGCAGGGGGCUCAUCAUCUACGGGGGGAGCUACAACUCGAUCGGACUCGCACACGGCUUGUGCGAAUCGGAAGUACUCUCCGACAGGGCACUACGCGACCGCAGGAAAGCUUUUGAUGAGCGCAGUAGAGGUGAACAAUGCGACUGAACCAGUAGACUCAUACGUCGUGCACUUCAGAACAACACUUCCUCACGUUACGUCGGUGAACGUGAUGCUACUGUCAAAUGAGGAUGAGCAAGAGGGUGCUUUAGCUUCGGGCAAGAACUACAUUCUCUACCCCGUCAACCUGUCUCCAGCCCGCCUUUUCGCUUCCGCCCAAAAUGUUUCCUGCUGUAACAUCACUUUGCGCCAAGUCACGGAUUCUGUAAUUGUGCAUCAGAGGCCGCAAGCGAGCUACCCGCACUACUAUGGUGUCACAGCAACGAGCGCGUCGGCGGUCACAACCACGACGACUACUACCACUCGCGCAGUGGGCACCGUUGAAAGCGUAGCCUACUACGUCGGUAGCGUCAACAUCACGGAUUUGGUGCUGGAUGCGUCUUCAACAUCUGGUGCAAAUCUUUUCUCGCGCCCUGGGAGUAAGUUCAACGCAGUAGUGACAUUGAUCAGCGCUACUCCUACUUCGAAAAACACGACGACAGCGUUAUCCGCGAAGGCUGCAGACAGUGUGCGUUUCGAAGUAGCGGAGGGAUCGGCUUCAUUAUUUGCUGGAAAUAAAACGAGUUUUGGCAGUGUGAGUGCUUCAUGGCUGGCCGACGCGGUGGAGGGGACAAGUUCUACAGAACUGGUGCCGCUAAAUGGGUCAUCUGUUCUGCCUGGAGUGAACGCGCACCUAGCAGUUGCAGUGUCAUCUGAUGUUGGGACCACAGCAACAUCAUCUACUUUCUCUAACGACACUGCCACGAAGCUUUUUUUUUCCGCUCAAGACCGCGCCGUCUCACUCUUAACCGCCGACUCCAACUUGUUAUCCGGAAAAAUCGUUGUGUCUCACACAAAAUCUGCGGGGGAAACUACUGCGGCAACUAGCACGACCACUGCCGGUACUAGUACUUCUAGCGCGGCCAGUGUCAUGUGCCGCGAGUUCUACGACGAGGCUCGGGUCCUCGAACAGCUCGGAAUUGGCUCUUUGCAAUUGGACUCCUUCUCGGGUUCCGCGCUGCCACUCACAAGUUGUGAGCCGAUCCUUCCGCGGGGAUAUUGCGCAGGUGACGGCGGGAUGGGGAUAACAGUGGAGGUAGCAGUCGCGACGCCCGCCGGCGCGCCCAGUUCUGCCGACUCGACACGGAGUGGAGAUUCAGCUUCCACAACCUCUUCAAGCGCAAGUGGAGCCCCGUCUGUCGCCGCGCAGAGUAAGCUCCGCACCUUUUUCCCCGAAACGUGGCUUUGGGAAAACAUGAACUACGUGAAUGCCUCGCUACUCCGCACGACAGUUCCGGAUUCGCUGACGACGUGGGAUCUACAAGGAUAUGCCAUUCACCCUGGAAUUGGGUUGGGAACGGAUGUGGUAUUGCCGUCACUCAUCGUGGCGAAGCCUGUGGUUGCAGACGUGCGUAUGCCGUAUUCGAUCACGCGAGGAGAACUGGUAGCGCUGCGAGGAAGUGUCGCAGCGCACUUGAAGGGAGAAUAUUCAGUGCCGGACUCGAACCUCCUCGAGUGCACUUGGCAGAUCGCUGUCAGCCGAGGAUUAGAGUUCCAAGACCUGUUGAACGAGUAUGACAGUGUGGGUGAGAUUGCACUUGGACCUGCAGCCGCGACUAGUGGCGGCACAGGCAAAGAAGCCUUGAACAGCUACGAACUGAAAAAAGCGAGAAUCAUUUCGAAGACCGGCGCGACCGCUUUCCCGAUUCCCGUCAGCACUGCGGCCGGGCGGACUUCGAUUUUGAAACCGAGCAAGGUACGGCUGGAGGUAUACUGCGCUGUGGUGCUGUCUGCCGGGGCGUCGACAUCAGCUUCGUCGUAUUCCAGCGUGGUGUCCCGUGUUGCGUAUGUCGACCGCAUCGAGCGCUCUCUCCUCGUCAAGCCGGAAGGCGUCAAGAAACUGAAACGAACAAACCUGUUGAUCACAACACCGACGGAUGGUAGCGUAAAAUCACAAACGGUGGGCUUGUCGUGGUCCUCCGACGGCGAGGAUGAACAAGGGGGCGCCCUGUCAGCGGGAGCAGGUGUAGUAGUCCCCGACAGCAAGCGUCUCACGGUUGCGAUCACCGGCGAGCUGCUAUCCCAGACGAUUGCGAACAUCGAACGCCUCGUGCGCGUGCCCUACGGCUGCGGAGAACAAAACCUCAUGUCCCUCGCCCCCAAUGUGUACGUCUUUCGCUACCUCGCUUCAAAAGCGUAUAUCGUAAACCGCGGUGUGCAAGGAAAAGCUUUGAAGCAGCGUUUAUUCAGCAACAUGCGGACGGGCUACGUCCGGCAACUAAACUAUAAAAGCAAAUCUGACGGAGGGUUUUCAGCUUAUGGUGAAACAGGGCGGCGGGGUAAUUUUGAAGGAAGCAGCUUGUGGCUGACUGCAUUUUCGCUUCGCGUGUUCGCAGACGUGGGGCGCGCAGGGUACGUUGGCAGGUUGAUGGAGGGAGGUGAGGCACAACAAGCAGUGUCGAUUGACUGGCCAAACCUCGUUCCGGCGAUCAACUUCAUCCUCAGUGCGCAAGAUGCCUCUUCGCAUUACUUCGUAAGCCGCGGCCGCGUCUUCAGCCGAACCAUGAUGGGCAGUACUGAAGAGUCGCGACUGAGUCUGACUUCCUUCGUCCUACUGACGCUCUGCUCUAUCUGGCGGGAGCUGGAUCGGGAGUACUUCGGCGGCGUUUAUUCGUACGGAGCGUCGGUCGUCACCACGGGGGCUUCGUCGGAAGGCAGCAGCUCCCUCAGCGCUGCAACCGGACCAACGACUCUGAUUGAAACCACCAUGCGAGAUCUGGUCCUUGCGAUACGCAAAGCAAGUGCCUGGGUAAAGGCUGAAUGGUCAAGUAGAACAUUGAGUGCCGAAGCGAGCAGAUCAGUGGCUGCCGAGGUGAUAGCUGUCUACGCACUGCUUCGAGCCGCUGAAACUGCUCUACGCGACCAGCCCGCACACACGAAAAUCGAAAGGAGUCUUGCCAAAUCGUCGGUGCUGCUGUUGACGAAACGCGAUAGCGAGGGACUGACGUACUGGGAGGAACCAGCAGAGAGCGGUUCCUCUUCUUCAGCGAAUGCUGUUGCGAGUGCGAACGCAAUGUAUUUCCGUAAUAAGCCAAACGAGCCUUCUGCUGCCUCCAUAGAGCUCACAGCGUAUGCGGUUUUGAUUCUGGUGGCUGCCGGGGAUCUAAACAAUGCCUACUCUGGCGUGAAGUGGCUUUUAAAGCACCGGUCGAGCGCAGGGGGGUUCCGGUCGACGCAAGACACGGUUGUGGCGUUGGAGGCGAUCGCUGAAUUUCAGCUCCUCGAGAUGGCUGUUUCUGGAAGCACUAGCGACGGCGGCGGCAGCAUGGUGUUUGACGUGACACAUAAUAUUACCGCAGCUGGCACCUCCUCGUCCACAAGCACGGCUGCAUCAGCAUCAACAUCAUCAGCUUUGUUCCACUACGACAUGACUGACCCCGAGCUCUACCACACGAUUGAGAUUUACAACGAAACUCUGGUUGAUGAAAGCCUGGAACAACCACAACAGCAACCAGCGCACAACUCCUCAGAGUCCGUCGUCGUCGCGGCUUCUCAAAGUGCGGCCGUCAGCGAAAGAACAGCGGUUGUGUCUGUCCUUCAAGAAUUCAACGUGCGUGACAGCAACAAGAACUCACCGACUAACAAUUCUUCUCUACUCGACGAUUGUCUGGAUUUCGUCGCGAAGUGGUUCAAUGAGGACAAAAGUGAAAUCGAAAUCGCAGCAACAGCAAACAAUCAAGCCUCAACCACGUCAGCAUCAUCCACAUCCUCGUCGCAAACAAGUCCGAAGUCCUACCUCCUCGCUCUCCGCGUUGCACCGAAGGAUCCAGCAACAUCAAACCCCAAUUGUGCCGCAGCUUACCACUCGAAUGCCGGCGAAAUGACGAUGCUGAGUAUUGGUCUUUUUACCGGAACUGUGGUGGAUGCGGCGGAGCGGGAGAGGCUGGCUUCUUCCGUUUCGCUUGUGUCUUCUCCACCUGGGGCCGCCACGACCGCGACCGGCACCCAAAUCGACCGCGUCGAGGUGGAUACAGACGAAGGCUUCCUGCACCUCUACCUCGACUCGUUGCCGAGCGGCGGAAGUAGCAGUAGCACAGCAACCGGUAGUACUGGAAGUGGAGCGUUUACGCUUUCUCUCAAAGCGCGCGAGGAGUUCGUGGUGCAGAAUCGGCAAGAGAAGGAAGUCAAACUCUUCAUGUACUACCGGCCUGAGCAGAACAAAGAAAUUGCGGUCGAUUUCACAGCGGGUUCUGGAGGAAGCGCCGGGCUGUCAUUCGAUGAGAUCCUGAGCGGGGGCGGCGGAGGGGAGACAUCCGGCGCUGAGCUGCAGUCAUCGUGGAGGGGUUGGUCGGGGCUGCUGGCUAUCGCUGUUCUCGCAGCGGCGAGUGCUCUCGCGUAGGUCUGGUACUGGCUGUGUUGCGAAAAUUCUAAAAAACCUUGUUGAACGCAUAAAUUCAUGGAGCAGGGAAACAAGAAUAACUAUCCAUCGUACAAAUGCUACACCUUGCUUUGUUUUCAGC